GAUAAUGAUGAUGAUGAUGAUAACAGUAAUAAUAAUAAUAAUGAUAAUAAUAGUGAUGAGGACUGGAUAAAGGUUGGAUUAGGAUUGAUUAUUGAGCUGAUCAGUUGAUGAUGAUAAACAGUGGCAAGUUGUUAGGAAGAAAGAAAAUGUUUCAUUUGAAGAAAAAUGUUUUUCCAAUCAAAGUGUAAUUCAAUAAUCAAAUAGAGAGAUGCUGAUCAUCAAUACUAAUCAUAUGUUUGUGCCAACAAUCAACUGUUUUCUCGAUCAUCUAUUAUGGAUUGUGUAAAGUUAAAUACUAAUUAGUUUCCCAAAUAGCAAAUAUUGUUAACAAGAAAAGGAGAUUUGUGUCUUUUCCUCAUCUUUACAUUAAUCAAUUUGAUUCGGACAUUUUUGAUUCUUAAACAAUUUUGGGUUUUUUCAUUGGACCUUAACUACAGGUUGAUAAACACCGUGAACAUUUUAACUCUUAAUUUCAACUAUUUAUCAACUAUGAAAAUCUUGUGUUGCUGUUUUCACUCAACGUUAACCUGUAAUCUGUUUUUGUUGACUUUGUUAACUGUUUUACAAUCAAAUGGCCUCUGGGCUGAGCACACUUUUAACUCGUCUUUGGGAGAGACUCAGGUGGACUCGGUGGUCUCGAUCAUUCCCAGUAACGGGAGGGAAAAAGGAGAAAAUGAAAACACAGAACCAUCAAAUUUCAAUGUCGAGUCCAUCAUCGAUUCUGAUGAACAAUCAUUCUCCCAACUAGAAGACUCUCAAUCGUCUCCUAACAGUACUAGUGAAAUAGAUGAGCAUAAAAAUGCUGGAAACAAUAACAAUGAUGAAGAUAACAAUCGAUUGAUAUCUUAUCUUGAAGGUAAAAUCAUUGAAAUUGUACCGAUAACUCAAGUUCCUAUUGAAGAUUACAGUGAAAAUUAUCAUUCCCAGUCCAAUGGCACUGGAUUAUUAAGUGACAUGGAAAAUAGUGAAUCCAUUCAAUCAACUUAUCACCAUAAUGAACCACCGAUGGAACCAAGUGAAGAUGGUAAAGAAGUCGAGAAGAGAGAUAAAGUGACCAAUAAUGAAGAUGAAGAUAAAUUGAGUAGUGAUGAAAGGAAGCAUGAAAAUGUCAACAAUUCAAAUGCAACUCAAGAUGUAAACUCAUCUCCAUCGGCCUCAAUUCAUUCGUACAAUGAUCUUAGAGCUUCGGCCAAUUCGGUUGCCGUUAAGGUGGCUGAAGUAAAGAAGAAAAGUUUAGCUGCCAAAAUGAUGGAAAAGCUGAGGAAGAGCGACAAAGAUGAUUCAUGUAACGAAUCCCCACCUUAUCCCCGUCCAUCCUCUCUAUUCUCGGGUGCUAAAGAUUUGGUUUACGUUAACGCAGGUACUGAUGAUGCCAAGAAGAACAUAAUUGUUGUCUCAAAUGGUGGCAGUUCAGGGGAAUCUAGCUCUGGAUCUCAUGGAUAUGACGGUAAUGCUGGUCAUCACCAUCACCAUCACCAUCAACAACUUGUAGCACCUGUUGAACCAAUCCCGUCACAUCAAAUUGUACCAAUAUUCACUCCAAUUCAUGAAAAUUUCGAUUCCAAAUCAGGUGAUCAUCGUCUUCAUCACAGUCAACAACAACAACAACAGUCUCAUCAAUCGUAUCCAUUGUUUCACCACAAUGAGGGUAAUGGUCAAGGAGAGGGAACUGGGGAGACAAAUAGCGAAGGAUCAAGAGGAGCAAUGAUGGGAAAUGAUGGCCUUCCAGGUUCACCUUCGGCUGGUCAUUAUGGUCAAAAUCUGGGUGAUCUGUCGAGAGCUGUGGCUCAACAUAAUCACUUAGCUAACUUGGCUGAAGGUGAAGGUUCAGGUAUGACUGGUUCCCAGGGUUCGAGUAAUAUGGAUGGAAACAGUCAAGUUGAGUCAGGUUGGCCUUCUCAUGUUGACUCUAAUGGUGAACCUAACGAUGUAAUGAGAGGCCAUUUAGGUCAUGUUAACCAAAUGCCUGGUCCUGUGGGUAUGUCUGGUCGUUUACAUGGUAAUCGGCGUUUACAAGGGUCAGGUUCAUCGCUUAGUGAACAGCUUCUUCAUCCCAUGAGUUCAAGUAGUCAUGAUUUAUCUGGAACAAGUUCAGGUUCACCUUCAUUUUCCUCUGUGAUCGAGUCUCUUGGUUUAAAUGAUGCCAGUUCAUCUCCAUCAGGAUCGGGUUCCAGUGAGUCUCGUUUCACUGGAUUAAGUGAUAUCAUUCGUAACUCAAUGUUAAUCAAUUCACCCCGAGAACCUGAAGUAACGCCCUUCUUUGAAUCAGCCAAGGGUGAUCAUUCGCAUCAUCAUCAACAUCAUCCAUCUAGUGAAACCUCCAAUCCCUUGAAUGGCAAUACAAAUUUGAAAGCAUUUUCACUUCUCUCUGAUUCAGGUCUAUCCAAUUAUCCUUCAUUAUUGAGUCGCUCCAAUGAUUUAAGCUCAAGUUUACUCGGCUCUUCUCUUGGUUCAUCAUCAUCAGGCGGAUCAAGUGGAUCAACUGGAUCAUCUCUCAAUGAUAGGCUACUAGCCUUGUUGGAACACUCAUCUAAAUCGGUGGACGAUCUAAAUGAUCAUCUCAACCCUCUAACAAGUUCAGCUCAUGGAUUAACCGAGUUGACCUCAUCUCGACUCGGCGGUUCCUCAUUGUUUAAUGAAGACAUUGGGCUUGAUGAUGCUCUUAAGCGGUUAACAAUGAUUGAGAUGCUCAAUAAAAAACAAAUCCCACUGACAACUGGACUAAUUGAUGAACUUCGUGAGCCUUCACCACUGCACGGGUCAAACAACGCUAAUCCAUUAGCAUUCAUUGACAAUGAUUUACGAAAGUAUAAAAAUUUGCAACAAUUGGCACAAGUGCAACAGGCCAUCAAGAAGAGUCAAAAUUCGCGAAUUUUAAAGUCUAAAGCUUUCAAUCGUGAACAUAGUUUAACAACUGGUGACUCGGAUGAUGAUACCUUCGAUACCCAAUUGGGUUCAAGAGGUGGACGAGGUUCAACUGGUGGAAUGAGAGGAAACGGUGGAAUGAGAAGCCAAGGUGCCUCAAGUGACGAUGAGAGUGGAGACAGAGGUGGAAGACGCUUUCGUCCUGGACCUCGGAUGAAAACAUUUGAUGCUUUGGCUAAAUUUCGUGAACAAAGGGAACGACUUAAAGAUCGCUUUAGAUCAUCGUCAUCAGCAGCUUUGAACGGUGGAGUUUCAAAUGGAGGCAUGAAUGGAAAGACUAAGGUUGAAGAGGAGGAAGAGGAAUACGAAGAGUCGGGAGUUGAACAUGAAGGUGAUGAGUCAAGAUCCAUUCUUUUGGGUUGGAAGAAACCAUCUCGUUCAGAGGAACAGCUGAUUACUUUUACAGACAAUUUUCACCAUCUUAAUGGACAAUUAACCAACUCUUUAUCAUCAUUAUUACAUUCACCAAGUUCAUCAUCAUUGUUGACACCAUCUUCACAAGCCUCAAUACAAUCUUCACCAACAUCAACAUCAACAUUACCUUCCUAUGCAAAUGCUCAAGCUUUUAACCGAGGGACAAACCAUCAACAACAGCAACAAUCAAACUCUUUCUCUCCUCAGCAAUUAAAAUUUUUCAACCAUCAUUCAAUCCUUGCUCAUCAACUAUCACCAUUUGCUCACCACCCAAAUCACCAUCAAUACAUUCACUCUCAAUAUCAACAAACUAAACUGAAUCAAUAGUGAAACCAAGACAAUUAAACUUGACUUCCUUGGACUGAACCAGCUUACAGGAAUUGGAUAUCAUUUCAAUUAAGAUUCUUUGUUUCAAUAUCCAUUUGUUAACUGCUGUAACAAUUCAACAUUUCUCAAUUAUUAACAACUGGUUUUAGACUAAUCAAUGUCAGUAAUUGCUAAGACACAAAGCAUAUAAUUUCAGAGUAAAUCACUGUUCAAGAAACCAGACUUUAUGCUAUCAACCAUUGAAAUGGUAAAGAUUUAAGUGACUUGAUUUGAACCUUUUAUCCCUCCAAAUUGAUAUCUAUUAACUACAAUGUUAAAUUAGUGUUUCUAAUUGAAUUGAGUCACGCUAAACAUCCAAUGAUCAAGUAAUAUAAUUAUUGACAAUUGAAUGUAUUGAUUGAAGUGCUUUGAUAUAAUGUUAAUAAACGUUUAGACUUUGACUGAAA